AUGUCCUCAUCGAAAGAACCUGAAGUAUUGACUUUCCGCGAUAAAGACCACUUGGGCGGCAUAAGCCGUGGCUCUGGCAAUUCGGACGCAAACGCAUCAAGCAAAGAACCAAAUCAAGAUAUUGGCUCAGAGAUAGCCACCAAAUCCUCACCACCUGAAUCGACAGACUCGGACCCGACAUCAUCGUCUGGGUCUUCAGAUUCAGAUUCGGAUUUCAACGAGGGGGAAAACUCGGACGAAGGACAGUCUGAUGAUGAUGAACGAAUGGAAGACCAGCCUAGAUCUAUACCUUCGAGACCAUCCGCUACCCUUCCAAACAACGCAGCCCUGCGUGCAAGACUUGCGAACUUUUUACCUUCUCUCAAAGCCGCGAAUGAAGACCUUGAGCGAGAAAUCGCUGCUGGAAAGUCUAUGACCCUUGAAGUUGAUAACGAAGAUGGGGGGCAGGGUCAGUAUAUUGAGAUGAAUCUUGGUCUGGGUGUACUUCAAGAAAAGGGGGAAGAAGAUGGUGGCAAUGGCAGUGAUGGUAGUGAAAGUUCUGGAAGUGCCAUGGACCCGAAAGAAGAGAAGAACAUCGUCGACAAACUUAUGGGAAAGAAAUCCGACUCACAAAAGCCGAAAAUUGAAGACCUGGGAGCUUAA